UGGCCCCCUUCCCUCCCUCACAGAGACUAAAAGGUCCACUGGACAAUCCGUCUAUCCCCGUCUGUGCUUUACAAUCCCCCAGUUAGCAUUGAUGCCCACCUACUUUUGAAGAAUCUAAGCAUCUUUGGUCUGUACUCACAUCCCACAUCAUCUCACACCUAUGUCUUUGCGACAGGUGGAGAGAGGUGGCAAGCAGCUGAGUUGACUUUACCAGCAUAGUGAACAGUUUGGUAAAGACCAGCAGAGUCCAGAUUUGCGUUUAAAGCAGCUGUUUUUCAGCUGACACUAAAAAAGGAGAUUUUUUUUGUUGUUUUAGCUGUUUUAUGAAGGACUGAAAAGGUAAAUUACCUUUUCUUGAAUCAUCAACACUCCUCUUCUCUUGGCUAAGAACUUCAAGCACUCAUCAUGUGGGAGUUUCGGUCUAUGAAAUUUUGGCGGGCGGUCUUCGCUGAGUUCUUCGGGACCAUGUUCUUUGUAUUUUUCGGCAUGGGUGCUGCCUUACGCUGGACCACCGGGCCUUAUCACGUCCUUCAUGUGGCCCUGUGCUUCGGUCUGGCGGCCGCCACCUUCAUCCAGUCCAUUGGCCACAUCAGCGGUGGCCACAUCAACCCCGCGGUUACCUUUGCCUACCUUGUCGGUUCACAGAUGUCGUUUUUCCGUGCCUUUUUUUACAUCUUCGCGCAGUGCCUGGGCGCCGUGGCGGGAGCUGCAGUGCUGUACGGGGUCACGCCUGGGAACAUGAGAGGCAACAUGGCAAUGAACAUGCUGCAGCCUGGCAUGAGCCUGGGGAUGGCCACCACAGUGGAGGUGUUUCUCACCUUCCAGCUUGUUGUCUGCGUCUUUGCUGUGACCGAUGAGAGGAGAAAUGGCCGUAUGGGAUCAGCAGCGCUCUCCAUCGGCUUCUCUGUCACCAUUGGGCAUCUCAUGGGGAUGUACUACACCGGUGCUGGAAUGAACCCUGCCAGAUCUUUUGCCCCCGCAGUGCUCUUCAGAAACUUUAUCAACCACUGGGUGUACUGGGUUGGGCCUAUGAUCGGGGGUGCCAUGGGUGCCAUCUUUUACGAUUUCAUCCUGUUCCCCCGUAUGAGAGGUCUCUCAGAGCGGCUGGCCACACUGAAGGGAAGUCGACCCCCCCAGAGCGAGACUCAGCAGGACACUCGAGGGGAACCCAUCGAGCUCAAAACGCAAUCCUUAUAAGCUGACCCAGUCCCCGUUUCUCCGAUUUUGGGAGUCUGGGGACGAGGGACAAAUCCCUGAGCUACGCUGACCCCCAACUGUUCCCCCUCGACCUCAUGCCUUCACACGCUCCUCUGUACAAGACUAACCCAAAAUGUUCUCAGAUAUUCCUAAAAUGUUGGUUCGCCACCUUCAACCUCAGCACACAACGAGACUCCUCUGCCCCCCUCUCCUCCAAAUAGUCCUCUUUCUGUACUUCCAGCAGGACAUUGUGCUUUUCAAAGCCUGAACUAUUCGCUGUCUCGUAGUGGAGAAGAGUGAUAGAAAGUGGGAGACGGGAGCAGGCUGAAGGUGAGAGGGAAUGAUAGAGAUGGGAGUAAAGCGGGAACGGGGUUUGGAUAUGACAGAGACAGGAACGCUGUCAUUUUUAGGUUGGGUUAGACCAGUGAAGAUGGGCUUGCUUUUCAGUAUUCAUCUGAGCUUAUCUCUCUUUUUUUUAUUUGUUUCCUGCACUUCAGACACAAGAUGUGGAUGUAAAAAAAA